AUGGGCCCACUUGUCGUGAUGAGUAAGGAGAGGCGCCUGCGUGAUCGCUGCCUCCGCGAACGUGAUGGGGUGUUUCUCAGUGAUCCCGGUUUUGUCGUGCCAGGCCACGGGGACUGUGACGAUGACGUGAGUGGGAAUGGAGAGGAGCAGGAAGUCGCGAUGGGCGAGGGCGAGAAGGACGUAGAGACGGAAGGAAUGCCGAAGAGUCCCGGAACCGAAUCGGGAUCGGCCACGUGCUCGGCGACCGAGCACGUCCCGCCGCCACCGGCAUCCCCAUCCUCGAAGGGCGAGAGCAUCACCAUCAAGUGCGAGCCCUGGAGCCCCGGGGAGACGCGGAACUCCAGUUCCGCCUCCCCCCCCCUCCACGAGAGCGAGAACGAGGAGGACUCCAAUGGGAGGAAGUUCCUCCCGCCGCCGUUUCGAUCCCCCGGUUCCUCCGGGGAAAGUCCGGGAGAGGUCAUGUACUUGCCGCUCCGGUUCCCUUCCGUAGGUGCUGUUUUCCCUGUUCUAAAACGCGAUCCAGUGGCGGUGAGCGACGACGAGAAGUCGGGGGGGGAGUGCCGAAGCCCCUCGUCGCCGAAUUCGGCGCGGACGACGCCGGGGUCCCGCGACGCUCCGCCGGCGGGGGACGAGGAGACCGGGCCGAAUCCCCCGAAGCUCCCGCGGACGGGGAAGCUCUUCUCCUGCUCGCAAUGCUCGUACAGUGCGGACCGGAAAGUGAGCCUGAACAGACACAUGAGGAUGCACACGGUGCACCUGUCGGAUGGGGAGUCCAACAGGAAUUCCCCCGCGCCGGACAAGUACUGCGAGGAUUGUGGGAUCCAGUUCUCGUCGGCGAAAACUUAUCGCGCUCAUCGUCAGCUGUACUGUCAAUCUCGGAGGAGUCUGGGACCGGAUUCUAGUCAAGAGAGACCUAAUCUAUUGUCUUCGUUUGGUCCGGCUCAGGUGGAAUUCUUCAAGCAGACCUACGUGGCUCUGCCGACGUCUCCCAUGCUUUGUAUUCCGUACCCGAUCCUUCAGAACGCACGACUCAUCCCUCAGGCACUUCUGCCCCCGAACGCGUGCAUCGUAGCCAACGAUGGGACCAUGAGGAUCCCGACGCCUUCCCCCCAGAUCGUUCCCGUGCCUGCGCCACCGUUGCAAGGCAUGGAGAGGAGACGAAAGCGUCAGAGGUCGGAGAAGUCAGAACCGCCCGCCCCGCCGAUAUCCCCGGCGGAUUCGGGGAAGGACGCCCCCCUGGACCUGAGCAAGAACCCUUCACCGGGGGAGACUUCCAACGGAGUGGCGAAGAAGUCCCCGAAGGAGAGGGGGAAGGCGUCGCUGUCCCCGAGGGAUCGCCACGGGGACGGAGAGAGCACCGAGGAGGAGGAGGGGAGCGAGACGUCCAAGUCGUCGCGGGGUGCGACGGGGUCGGCGUCUCGGGAGCCCAGUGUCACUCCGGAGGACAGGAAAUCCCCGCCGGGGGAGCGCGGGGGGAAAGACAGGGAGGGAGACAAGGGGGCCUCUCCUCGCCUCUUGGCUCAUCCUGGCUUCCUUCCCUUCGCGUGGAAUCCGGAGUUUGCGGCCAGGUUCUUGUGUCAGGAAGCCCUGAACGGCCUGCCCUCGGCCGCGAAUCCCCCGUUCCUGGUCAAGCAAGGUGUCUCCAAAUGCAAGGAGUGCAACAUCGUCUUCUACAAGCACGAAAACUACGUGGUCCACAAGAAGCAUUACUGCGCCUCCCGGCGAUCCCCCAACGAGGAGGCGGAGAAAGAACCCCCGCCGGCGAAGAAAGAGAAGGAGACUCCGACGGAAAGAGAGAAAGAAGCGGCGGACAACAAGAGCGACUCCAGCGAAUCCGAGUCCUCCGCCUCGGCCCUGCUCUUCCAGUUCAUCUGCACGGCGUGCAGCACCAAGUUCACGUCCCCGGACACGCUGAGCGCCCAUCAGCAGUUCUACUGCUCGAAGCGACGGACGGGUCGGGAACGGGAAGGCCUGUGGGAAUGCGGCGAGUGCUCCGCCGUCCUCCCGUCCCUCCUGAAGGGGCAGCACGAAUGCGUCCUCCCUUCCCCGGCGGGCACGGCCGCGUGGCAGUGUCCGUGCUGCGACUUCGUCGCGUCUUCGGUCACGAUCGCGCAGAGACACCUGGACCAGCAUUCCGGGCUUCAGGCUUUCCGCUGCUUGAUCUGCGGGUACCGGGGCAACACGCUGCGGGGCAUGAGGAACCACAUCCGGCUUCACUUCGACCAGAGGAGCGCGGAGAUCCCCGACGAGAGUCUCAUCUCCUGCAUCGUCGCCGGGGAAGGGCCCGGAUUCCUGGAAGGGGCCUUGGGCAACCCCAAGACACCCCUGGGAUUCAUGGCCUCCUCCUCUCCCUCCUCCUCCACCGCAUCUUUCCCCGAGUCCGACAAGGCCAACCGAGAAGCUCAGGAGAACAAGACGCGGAACAGCAAGAUGUACACCUGCUCCCGCUGCAGUUACAAGUCGAGUUACAAAGGAAACGUGGCCCGACACGCCAAACUGGUCCACGAGAAGCAAGAAACCGAAAGAAGCCCCGGCUCCAGCUCAGAGAACGGAACCUCCUCCCUCCCUGCCUGCGAGGAACCCCCCCGUCAAAGCGAGAAAGAAAAAGACGAAGACAAAUCUAGUCGGGAAGUGAUCGACCCCACCCCCACCCCCUCCCCCCUCCCCACUCCCCCCCCCAAAGGCACCACCAAGAAGACCUCCGCCAAGUAUUGCAAGUCGUGCGACAUCUCCUUCGCCUACCUGCCAAACUUCAUCACGCACAAGAAGUUCUACUGCACUUCCCAUUCGGUGAACCAGAACCCGACGGUCGGGCCCUCCUCGACGAAGACGGCCAGGCUAGAAGAGACCGAGAAGGAGGAACUCUGA